CUCUCUCUCCGAAUCCAAAAUACAGAGUUUCCCUGAAAGAGAGGGAAAAUAAAAAAAAAGAGCCGAUCUUUUUUUGUUGUUUCUGUCUCUUCCAUCUCCAUACAUUCUCACCGCCGAGCAUAUGGAAGGACGCGCUGCGGAAGAUGUGUUUGGUGACUUUAAGGGUCGAAGAGCUGGUCUCAUCAAGGCUCUCACUACUGAACGACGCAAGUUUUUCCAUGAAUGUGACCCUGCCAAAGAAAACUUGUGUCUCUAUGGACUACCAAAUGGGUCAUGGGAGGUUAAUCUUCCUGUAGACGAGGUCCCUCCUGAGCUUCCUGAGCCAGCUCUUGGCAUCAACUUCUCAAGGGAGGGAAUGCCUGAGAAAAAAUGGAUCUCUUUGGUUGCUAUUCACUCUGACUCUUGGCUCAUCGCUGUUGCCUUUUACUUUGGUGCACGUUUCUCCUUUGAUAAGAAUGAGAGGAUGAGGCUGUUCCAGAUGAUAAAUGAUCUCCCAACCAUUUACGAGAUUGUAAAUGCAAAGCAAUCCAAGGAUCAAUCUGCUAAUAGUCACAACGGUAGCAGAAGCAAGUCUAGUGGUGUCAAGGGUCGCCAAUCUGAAUCUCAGACUAAGCCUUCAAAGGUGCCACCACCACCACCGAGAGAAGAAAAUGAGAGCGGAGAUGAUGAAGAGGAGGAGGAAGACGAGGAGGAGCAAGGAGAGUUUUGUGGUGUGUGUGGAGAAAAAGAUGGAGAAGAGGAGUUCUGGAUAUGGUGUGAUACUUGUGAGAAAUGGUUCCAUGGAAAAUGCGUGAAGAUGACACCUGCAAGGGCUGAGCACAUCAAACAUUACAAAUGUCCAACUUGCUCCGGUACCAACAAGAAACACAGAGCUUGA